UUUUCUUGGGACCUGGUAGUGGAAGGCUGUACCAAGAAGAUGAGCAGAUUUGAAAUUAUCACAUUCCCUGUGGUUGUUGCCAAUUCAAGGCAUCGGCUCCCAGUUGAAAAGAAGCAACCCCAAACAUGGGACAUCCCUCGCCGUCUCAAACCAGAACCAGCAAGGCGUCGUUUGGAUAACAGACCUCUAGAUGCCCAGCCUCACCACUACUUUAAGGUCACAAAGAUUCAGGAAGCCCAAAAGAAAAUUGGGCUGAUUGAACGAGAGAACAAAAGCCUCUCAACACGGCUAGCUAACAUCUAUCGCGGAACAGGCAUGGUUGACUGCUGGAAUGAAUAUCAACAGAAGAGUAAAAUGCGACAAAAACAGAACAUGGAAAUUGUGAGGAUUUCCAUGGAGAACCAAGCUAUUCUCAAGAGGAUCAGAGAAAGAAAGCCAACCUACGAUCGAAGACAAUCUGAGCUGGACUGGCAGAAUUCGAGGAAAUAUCUGAGGAACACCACCUGCUUUCUAAUCUCAAAUCGCGAGAAGCUAGGCGCUGUGAGAAGUAACAAGGCUUUUGGGACUGCUCGGUUAUGACGGCUGGUUGAUAGCGUUCUCAACAGCUGGCUGAUAAACAUUAAGAUUUAGAAUAAAACAUGAGAUGUUGAACGCACACAUUUGGAAGGCAUGCUUUAUAUAUGCACAAUUUUCUUAAGAUUCUGUUCAAAUUUUGUACGAAACGCGGGUGCCACAAAAAGCUAGGGGCAGG